AUGGUUCGACGUGUGGCAGUUAUUGGAGCAGGUAAUUCUGGUCUGACUUGUAUCAAAACAUGUGUUGACGAAGGACUGGAGCCUGUCUGCUUUGAAAGCAGUGAUGACAUUGGCGGCCUAUGGAAAUUUAAGGAGUUGCCUGAUCCAGAGCGAUCCAGCAUCUAUCGCUCCUUGGUGACCAACACCUCCAAAGAGAUGACGUGCUUCAGCGAUUUUCCCAUGCCUGCCGACUAUCCCAACUACAUGCACAACUCCCAGCUGCUGCAGUACUUCAGGCUCUACGCUGAUCACUUUGACCUGCUCAGAUACAUUCGUUUCCAGACCACAGUGAGGAGUGUUACACAGAGGCCAGAUUUCUCUGAGUCCGGUCAGUGGGCCAUAGUGACCAACAACGGGGAUGGAGAGGAGAGACACGUGUUUGAUGCCGUCAUGGUGUGCAUAGGCCAGUACACCCAACCAGCCUUACCCCUGUCAGACUUUCAAGGAUACGAGACGUUUUCUGGAAGGUGUCUUCACAGCUUGGAAUAUAGAAACACAGAUACCCGCAGAGGAGAGAGGGUGGUGGUGGUCGGCAUUGGCAAUUCUGGAGGAGAUAUUGCAGUGGAGAUCAGUCGAUCUGCAGAGAAGACAUUUCUCAGCACACGGCGGGGGUCCUGGGUGAUGGGCAGGAUGUCAAGUAAUGGUCUUCCCUUGGACAUGAAUGCUAUCACCAGACUCAACAACAUCCUCAUGCUGAUUCUUCCCAGGUCUCUGGUCAACUGGGCAGUAGAGAGAGGAUUCAACCGCAAAUGUGACCACAGACUGUACGGCCUGAAGCCCAAACACAGAGUUUUGGAGCAGAGACCUUUGAUCAAUGAUGACCUUCCUGGUCGAAUCCUUCAGGGGGCGGUAGUGAUGAAACCAAAUGUGAAACGAUUCACGGACUCUGGAGUUGUGUUUGAAGAUGGCACUGUGGAGGAGAACAUUGAAGCUGUGGUCUUCUGUACAGGUUAUAAUGGAAACUUUCCAUUCCUGCCUUCAUCUCUAUCUGAGGGGCCUCACAAAGUGCUAACAUUGUACAAGACACUGUUUCCUCCUUCUCUAUCACAACCCACACUGGCCGUCUUGGGUGUUUUCCAGACAAAUGGACCAAUCAUACCCACGGUAGAAAUGCAGGCACGCUGGGCUGUGAAGGUCUUUGCCGGUUUGAGCCGUCUGCCACCCAAAGACAGAAUGCUGGAGGUCAUCGAGUGUGAGAGGAAGAGAAACAUGAAAUGCUAUCCUUGCCCACGAAAGGCAUCUCUCCAGGUAGAAUACAUCCCGUACCUGGAUUUCAUGGCUGAGGAGGUCGGAGUGCGACCUAACUUCCUGAGACUACUACUGAGAGAUCCUGUGCUCUGGUUCAGGGUCUUCUUUGGUCCCUGCACGCCUUAUCAGUAUCGUCUCACGGGGCCUGGACAGUGGGCCGGAGCCCGCCAGGCCAUCCUCACUCAGUGGGAACGGGUGGCUCAGCCGUUCAGAACCAGGGUGGUACCAGAACCGGAGAGCCGUCCUUCUGUGCUCUUUUCACCCUGGCUGCUCAUGUUUGCAGGAACUGUUAUGGGCUCGGCUGCCUACGUCAACAUGAACAACCUUCCAGCUUUCCUACAGGAUCCCACUGCACUGUUUGACAAGAAAAAGGUUACUUGCCUGCGCAGUGAUUUGCAAGUCAUAUAAUCAAUUCAUAAUAAUGCUAUAAAAAAAAAUCUAAAUAGAUAAUGCUCAGCUGGCUGUCUUAAUGUAAACACACUCCUUUUAACUUAACGCAACUCACAUUAAGACUGCAUUCAUUAAAAAUGCUUUAAUAGACAACAUUUAAAACUGUUAGUUAUCGUCACUUAUAGCCCUACCAACCAUUUGUACAAGUAUUUUCUCAAUGAAACUUCGUUGAUUGUACAUGCACAGAUGCUGUGUAUGUGUGUAAUCCCCAGCUGAAAAUGAUUCUAUUCUGUUUGAAUGAACAAAGGCAUGUUACUCAAGUAAAAGUACUUUAAAAUUGUCCCCAAGCACAGUAUAAGCAAAAAUAGAAAACGUUGCACAGUUUCUAUUCCACUGUGACUCCAUUGCCAAGCCGUCCUUGAACUAGGAUAAUGUACAUUGGUGAAUGAUGCCACCCGAUGGCAGCUUCAGAAUCCAGCUCAUGUUCGGCUUGAAAAGUCUGUAUGAAACGAUGUAGUCCUGUGUCUCUGCAUCCUAUCAUGGUAUUAAGGACCGCCCUCUGGGAUCUCUUUGAAUCUCAUGUUGUCAAAGUCUGUAAUAUUUUGUAAUAUGUAUUAUUUUAAACAAUGACAUGGGUAAAUUGUUUGGUAGAAUCAAGACAUGAAAUUAAAAAUCAAAAAUGA